UCUGUGGACACACGAAGGGCGAAGUCGGAAGCCGAGGCUUUGGAGAAACGGAAAAUUGAGUGAUGCCCCCGUCAGCGAGAGGAGAUCUCGCCUGUAAAAAGCGAAAAAGCGGAGCCCGCCAUUGCCACCUCUGUCCCUCUAUAUCUCGCGCUCUCGCUCUGAAAAUUGCCCCCUCUCUUCAAGGAAGGAGAGGGGAAGGAGUAUGGCGGAGAUAGACCUGUCGGAUGCCGAUCGGGAGGCGGCGAGGGUGCCGGCGAGGACGUCGCUCAUUGACUCUCUGAUGGGCUGCGGUCUCGCGGGCCCCAGGAUUGAGAAGGAGGACCUCCAGCGGCGGGUGGUGAUCCCGCCCUACCUCCGCCAAGCCCUCUCCGAGUCCAUCAGCCGCAAGGAUGUCCCCGGGGACGCCGAGGAGCGGUUUCCCUGGGACGGCUCCAGCACCGCCCCUGAGGCGCCCAUCGUCGUCUUCGUCAACUCCCGCAGCGGCGGCCGUCACGGUCCCGCCCUCAUGGCACGUCUACAGGAGCUGAUCAGCGAGGAGCAGGUGUUUGACCUAUCAAAUGUGAAACCUACAGAUUUCUUUCAAUACGGAUUGGGCUGCCUGGAGAGAUUAGCUGGUUUUGGAGAUAAUUGUGCAAGUGAGACUCGUGAAAAGCUGCGGGUUAUGGUCGCAGGUGGUGAUGGCACUGUUGGCUGGGUGUUAGGGAGUAUUUCAGAGCUUUAUUUACAAAACAGAUUGCCACUUCCACCAACUGGAAUCAUUCCCCUUGGAACUGGCAAUGAUUUGUCUAGGAGUUUUGGUUGGGGUGGUUCGUUCCCUUUUGCAUGGAAGUCCGCGGUUAAGCGCUCUCUUUUUAAAGCAACAACUGGACAAGUUUGCCAGCUUGAUAGUUGGCAAAUUGUGGUAUCAAUGCCAUCAGGAGAGGCAAUAGAACUCCCAUAUGCUCUGAAAAAUCGAGAAGAGUGUGUUUUUGAUAAGGAUGACAACAUUGAAGACUAUUUACCAGAAAAACCUACUCAGAUUGAAGGAGUGUUCUACAAUUAUUUUAGUAUAGGGAUGGAUGCACAGGUUGCUUAUGGGUUUCAUCAUUUGCGGAACGAAAAACCAUCGCUGGCACAAGGACCAAUUUCAAAUAAGUUGAUAUAUUCAGGUUACAGUUGCACUCAGGGAUGGUUCUUUACACCUUGCUUAAGCGAUCCAAGUCUAAGGGGGCUCAAAAACAUUCUACGGUUACAAAUAAAACGACCCAACUCCUCAAAAUGGGAACCGGUUCGGAUUCCUUCAAGUGUCAGGGCCAUUGUAGCAUUGAAUCUUCCCAACUAUGGAAGUGGAAGAAACCCAUGGGGCCAAUUGAAGCCUGACUAUUUGGAGAAGAGAGGAUUUGUAGAGGCUCGUGCUGAUGAUGGCCUGCUUGAGAUCUUUGGUUUUAAGCAAGGGUGGCACGCUUCGUUUGUGAUGGCAGAACUGAUUAACGCCAAGCAUUUAGCGCAGGCCGCUUCCAUCAAGUUGGAACUAAGAGGGGGCCAGUGGAAAGAUGCUUACAUGCAAAUGGAUGGAGAACCGUGGAAGCAGCCAAUACACGCGGAGCAUUCGACAUUCGUUGACAUCAAAAGGGUUCCUUGUCAGUCACUUCUGAUAAAUGGUCUAUAAAUAUUUGUGGAAUUUGUGCAUCGUUCAGUCCAUUUUACGUCAUCCUGAUAGAUGUAUUCUAUGCUCCCUUACGACUUUACUGCUGCACCUCACGUGUUACAGAGGACAGGAUUCUCGUUUCACUUGUAAAUGGUACGGUAGAGACCAGCCUUAAAUGGAAAAAUCAAGUGCAGGGUGAAAAAUCAUUUUAGA